AUGACUGCUACGUUGAAUGGGAUGUAUAAUACGGCCCCCGAUACUCCGUCCCCAGUCUAUCCGGACAGGCUGAUUCGUCCCCUUCCCAAACGUACCCUGCGCUCGCGCUUGUCGUCCGAUGCGGCCGAUACGAUCUUGUAUCCCCCGACCCCUCCGGCCACGCAGCUCUUCUACGGGAGUGGAGCGGACAGCGGGGAGGCCGUGAAUGAAUCCAAGAUAUACGUGCAGCAGAGCGACGGCCCGGAUCAGACGCUCGAGCGGGAUCCCCAUCUCCUGUACGAGAACGGCGUCGACUUUGAGAGCGGGGACGAGGACGGUCCGGUGGUGGUUCGUCGCAGUGCCGGCUUCCGCGGGUCGUCCUUGUCGCCGUCUGCACCACCCCAACCGCUCCCCAGCAACGGGGAAGGGCCACCGACCAAGUCGGCAGGUCCUGACGGGUAUGAUGCCUUCGAGAACACUAACAAUAAGAAGAAGCGCAAGAUCCCCACCCCGGGCAGUUUGGGAAGCCACCACUCCACCCUCUCGCCGGAAUUCUCCAACAUGGGCCUGACGAGCUCUGCCCAAACACCUCCCGCACAGAUGGAUGGAAGCCAUGUGAGUACCUUCUAUGGAACGGGGAGCCCGGCAUCUCCCGUCGCCAGUGGGAACUCGGGGUCGGGACGGGGCCGACUGGCGCGUCACCCGCCUCGCAACGGUCCGGGGAGAGCUCCUCCAACGGCCGUUCACGCGCAGGCAGGCAUGCCUCAGGGCCGAGUAGCGGGUCGUCGGGACGGUCAGAUGUCCUCGCCAGGACCGGCAGGUGAUCCGGCUCCCAAGUCGGAGCAGGGAAUCAUCUCCGCCGCCAUAGCCAAUGCUGCCGCUGCCGCGUUUUCGUCGCCGCCUCGCCCGGACAACGCCAGUAUGCUCGAGCAGCGUCAGCCCACCACCCCCACCAAAACCCAGUUCACCUUCACCUGCGAAUCGGACUCGUCCAAGGGAAUGGCAAUGCAAGCGCAGAACACGUACCCAGCUCAGAAUCGCUCUCCCCGCUCUCCCCGCUCCCUCACCCCCACGGCAUCGAAUUCGCGAGCCUUCUCCACGCAAGGAACACAAACCAGCCCGCCCGUCGCCUCGCACAUGAACCCGCCCGCUGCAAACGCCGAACCGCCGCCGGCCGAUCGGAAGAAGAAGCGGUCCCCGGGUAGUAUAUACGCCUUGGCUGCGCGAGGGCGGAAGGUUCAGCAGCAGUACACCAAUCUCCAGCACCCGCCCGGCCUGGAAGACAUUUGGAUCUGCGAGUUCUGCGAGUACGAGAGUAUCUUUGGGCGCCCUCCCGAGGCACUGAUCCGACAGUACGAGAUCAAGGACCGCAAGGAACGCAAGCGCUUAGCGGAGAAGAAGCGACUCCUGGAGAAGGCGAAGAUGAAAGGACGCAAGAACAAGAAAGCGACGAAGAACGCCGCCAAGAACUCAAGCGCCCAGCCCGCGGCGUACGAGCCGGGGUACGACCGAACCUCCGCCGACCAUUCUUCCAUGGGGCCGCACGGAGGGCACGAAGACGACGAAUCGUUAGCCAACGACCCCGAGGACGAAAGCAUCGCCGCGCCGCCGCCGGGACCGCCUCCAGCCGCGUUCAAGUCGCCGGUGCCGCCGGGACCCCCGAAGCUGGCGUCGGGCGUCAAAGGCGCGGCGGACGGAGGGACCAAUCGACCGCCCUGA